UUAGUGGGCAGCCGAAUAACAAUUACGGAAAUCAAAAGUGUGGUGUAAUGGUUGCAGGCGGUUGGGAUGAUAGAGGCUGUGCUGAAAAAUACCCGUUUGUGUGCUUCAAUGAAAACAAAACUGGCAAUGCCAGGUACAUUUACAACUCGUUGACGUUGACGUGGUAUGACGCUCAGUGCUACUGUAGGCAGUAUCACACAGAUCUGGCCAGCACAAGAGAUGAAACAGAGUACUCAAUCAUACCCGGAGUAGCCUCACCUUCAUCGUUUUACACCUGGUUCGGUCUGUACAGAGACUCGUGGAAAUGGGUGGACCAAACCAACUUCUCUACCAUCUCAUGGAUGCCUGGAAGCCCAGAUAACGCUCUGAAAAAUGAAAAUUGUGGUUAUUUAAGUAACAAUCAAGCUGCUGAUGCACAGUGCUCAGAGUUAAAGCCUUUCUUCUGUUAUGCAGUUGUAACAAGUAAGAAACAAAUCAUGAGAAUGAAGAUCCGGGCCAAUCAGGAUGUUAGUGCAUUCAUGACAGCCAUCUUAGAGAAGAUCGAGCAGAAACUGAAGGAUUAUGGGAUGGCGGAGAACAUCAGGAUGAAAUGGAGGGUAAUCCGAUAAAGUGAUGUUUCACGAGGAGGAAGAAGAAAAUGAUGCUAAUGAAGGAUGCAAAUGAAAAAUAACAUAUUUGGUUUGUAAAUACAAGAAAUCAGAAGCUUAUAGAUCACAAUGGUUCGAGAAAAACUGGAAUUAGAAAUAAUGCAGGAAGAGAUAUGCUCUACUUUUAUACAAUUUGUUAACAGGCAGACAAAAAUAGAUUGUUUUAUAAGGAUGACAGAAAUCAUCCCGUUUUUUGGGGGGAGAUAAAAGUUGGAGAGGAAAAUUGUAGGCAAAGUUUACAUUGUCUAUUUCUCUGUAUAUUCAAAUUAUACAAAUCUGUAGUUCGCUGGAUAUUUUAGUGUUAGUAGUAUGUUCAUUUAUUGAGAAUUUAUUUUAUUAGUGUACUGAAACUGGCAAAAGGGAAU